UUCAGCCAAUAAUGUAAAAUCUAAAAUGGCGGACGACAACAAGAUUGCCGCAGUAGAUAUGACCAACCUUUUUACUCGCGAAUUAGAGGGGAACUAUGGUAACUUAGUCAUCAAACAAGCCGUGUCUGGCGACGUAGGAUGUGUAGUGUGGGAUGCUGCGAUUGUACUUGCAAAGUACUUAGAGACCGACGGUUUUAACGUGAACUAUGGACUAGCUAAGAAGCGCGCCGUGGAGUUGGGCGCAGGGACCGGGGUAGUCGGGCUUGCUGCGGCCGCCAUGGGGGCUGAUGUUGUUGGCACGGAUUUAGAAGAUUUUAUCCCGUUGAUAGAUCUAAAUAAACGAACGAACGGUCAUCUGAUAACCGGGAAGUUCUCAGCGAGAUGUUUGAAAUGGGGAAGUGAUGUUUCAUCUUUUCUUCCUCACCCUGACUAUGUAUUCAUAGCAGACUGUAUUUACUAUGAAGAGUCUCUUGAGCCACUUGUCCAGACAAUGAAUGAUCUUAGUGGACACCAGACCUCGAUCUUUCUCUGUUAUGAGGAGCGAAGAACUGGAAAUAAGCUUGAAUUAGAAAAAAAAUUCUUUAAGCUGACAAAGAAGCUAUUUACAUUGGAGGAAAUCCCACAUAGCAAACAAGACCCACUUUAUCACAGUAAUGACAUUCAUAUUUUACAUUUGAGAAGACACCCUCCAUCUGAUGGUUGAUGCCAAGAACAUACGGAAGAACAACGGAACAUAGAGGCUAGUAAAUGACGGAUUGCGGUAGCCAUGACAACUUCAAGAUUGGUAGUUAGUGGAUCGUGGUAGCCAUGACAACAUCAAGGUUGGUUAUUGAUGGAUUGUCGUAGCCAUGACAACAUUUAGGUUUGUGAUUAAUGGAUCGGGUAGCCAUGACAACGUCAAGGUUGGUUAUUGAUGGAUUGCGGUGGCCAUGACAACGUUGAUGUUGGCAAUUGAUGGAUUGCAGUAGCCUGCUGACUGACAAGCCUGAUUUAUGGGCUUCCUGUGGUAAUGCACGGUAGCCUCUUCCCCAAGCCCCCUCCAGGUUGGAACAAUAAAGAAAAUCUGUGAUCAAUAGAGAAGUGUAGAAGCCCGCUCAUAACAGGAUUGGCUAGAAUACCUCAUUGUUCUAUUGUAUUCUUGUUUUUCAUCUGUGGUGCAUCAGUCCAAUGUAGUGAAAUCUGAUAGCUUCUACAUGACCUGAUCAAUUUUUUGAAGAAAGUAAAAAAAGCUAGGAAUAAUGAACAAUUACUUACCUAUUUUUGGUGUCAACUAUCAAUUCCUUGAUAACUGAUGAAAUUCGAAACACGAGGCAGGCAAAAGAGUGAGCAUUCUUAUCAUUCAGCAGCAGGAAAGAGAGUAAGGCAUGAUGAAAUACACCUGAAUGUGAUAUUAACAAAAUAUCCAGGGUGACUUUUUUAAUUUUGAUGCAACUUUUUUGGUAUAUUUUCCCAGUGUCCAUAUGUGAGGUUUUCUGUCAUGUCAGCAUUAUUUCAUCGCAAAGUCAUUGUAGAUUUUAAGGCCCCUACUAUCUUAUAUUAAUCUCAAAUGGUUCAUCUCAGCCAGUUGGAUAAGUCCAAUACACGCAAUUUGUCUUUUUGACUAAUCUGAUGUUACAUAAAAGUCAUGAAUCCUAUCCAUAAUGCUCAACGCCCUUGGUGUGGUGGGAGCUUGUGUCUAGGGGGAAGGGGGUAAUCAAAUUCAAACCUGACAGGAAGGAAAUUUUUUUUAAUACAUAUUUAUUGUUCCGUGUACAAGUUUUUUUGUUCUUUUUUUUUAAAACAUCUCUCUUUUUUUACAUUUUUCUUUUUUACAUUAUACUUGUUACAUUAUUCCUUUUUUUGUAUUUCUUAUUCUUUCUCUUUUUUUACAUUUACUUUUCUUUUACAUUACAAGUACACGGGAAUUUACGAAUACGUAUACACAUCACACUACACACAAACACGCGAAGGAGGAGGCAGACAUGCUGCUUGAGGAAAAAAAAACUUAUUUCAAAAACAUUUUCCACUUUUCUUUGAACUGCUUCUCUUUGUGAUUUUUCCUAGCUAUACCGCUCUCAAUAUUUAACUUGUCAUUAAAAAGGGAAAGAAAAGCGUCAAAUGAAGGAGCCAAUUUGUUUGAAAAAUUUCUAAAAAUACUAUAUUUUGCAAUGAUUAUUGCGUGAUUUACUCCUAUAAACCUAUUUUCCUUUGGCUUAUACCCAUACAAAAUUUCUCUAGGUGAAGGAAGAAUCUCCAAACUAGACUUAUCCCUGAACCAUUUCAAGUAAUGAGACCAAAAUUCAAUAGCCGUUUGGCAUUUGGCAAAGAUAUGUUCUAGAUUGUGCAGUUCAUUGCAAAACUGGCAGUUUGGCGAUUCAGAAAGAUUCAUUUUGAAUAAAAGAGAAUUAGAGGGUAAAAUAUUGUGCACUAUCUUGUACUGAAACACAUUUAGAAAGGCUUCAGAUGUGACUUCAAAUGGUAAAGCAUAAACAUCUUCUAAUUCGGUCAAAGGAACUCCAGAGUCUAAUAUUCGUUUUUCAGCGGCUGCUGUCACAAGUAAUUUUCGGUGCGCUGCGCAUGUUAAGUUACCUAGUUCCAGGAGUGCCUUUUGAUUAAAAGCUUUAACCUCAUCCAUUGGUUGCUCGUCAUCUGUCAUCGCUGCUUUGUUGACGUAAUGGGAAACAGCAUUAUACACUCCCAUGAUUGUAAGAAAAUUGCAAUCUAAAUCGUGGGACGUUUGAAAUUCUGAGAUAGGAAUCAUUUCUCCUCUAGCAGAAUAGAGAUCGUGAAUAUAUGUUAUGCCUGCCUGAUGCCAUUUCCUAUAGUACACAGUUUUGCCUCCUAUCUUAAUAUUUUUAUUAUUCCAUAUUAUGUCAUUAUACCAUCUUCGGGAUGGGCCAAACUGUUCUUCCGCUAUAUCUGCUAUAUUUGCCCAGUAUUAAGAAAGACGGUAUAGAAAGUGGGAAUGACAUUAUGACAUUCUGUGCUUAAAAGUGAGACAUCAUAGUUACAAAAGAGCAUGAAAGUCCCCCCGAAUUUCUGCAGAUGAUGAAGAGGAAUGAUUUUCCAUGGUGCGAUAGAAUCACUUAAAAAACGUUUGUCCCAUGAUAGUUUCAAAGACCUUUCAAAAGUAUUGAAAUCAAUCAUGUUCAGGCCGCCGUGAUUUUUCACUCCGAUAAGUGUAGAUUUAUCUUGUGGGUUUUACCAUUCCAAACAAAGUCAAAAAUGAUGCUAUCUAUUUUCUUACCAAACCCGGGCGGCGACACUAGUGAAGUCAUUGAGUAAACAAGUUUUGACAAACCCAGAGUUUUAACAAUAUUUAUCCUUCCGAGUAAGGUGAGAUUUCCACCCUUCCAAGUAUGCAGCAGCUUUUGUAGACUUUCCGCUUUGUCCUUAAAAUUAAACUUGUCGUUCAUUUCAUUGUCGUACGAGAAAGCGCAACCAAGAGCUUUAAUCGGAUGCUUAGGCCAAUUCACACCCAAUGGAGUCUCGCGCUUCUCUUUAUCGCGACCAAGCCAUAGUGCGUCAGUUUUGGAUUUAUUAAUCUCUAAACCGGACACACGUUUAAACUUAUUCAACAGUUCGAAUAAUUUCUCGCCGGAGCAUGCGUCUUUUAAAAAGACAGUCAAAUCGUCUGCGUAUAUAGAAUAUUCUCAUUUAUAUCAUUCAUCCAUAUAUAUAUCUCAUUUUUGUUGACAGUAAUUCCUUUAAUAUUAGGGUCGUGCUGUAUUGCGCAAACAAGUAGCUCGAUGGCUACUGCAAAAAGAAUUCCUGAUAGCGGGCAACCUUGUCUGACACCCCUUUGUACAGAAAAAAAAACUCGGACGCAAUCCCAUUAUUUAUAAUACAACUUGAUGUCUGGUUGUAAAAUACCGAAGGAAGGACAUUUUAAACCCAUUUAAACCAUGUUUUCUGCUUACCUUACGUGGGUAGCCUAUUAAUUUUCGCACCCGUCACCUCCCUGUCGCGCGUUAUCUUCAAAAACACUUAAAACAAAUCGUAAUAACGACAGAGACGAGAUUUGAGGCGGUACCGUGUUUACUUGAUUGCUGUUACAAAACUGCUUUAAGCAGAGUGUGCAAGACGGUUUUACAAGUAGAUUUUAAGGUGAUCUUGGGGUAUCGUACCGCAUCCCUUUAUGUUUUCCUAAGACGGCUAGUGCAAAGAAGAGGCCUUCAUUACGAGCCGCAUGCAACCGGAAGUUAAAAAAUACUGCCUCUGUGGUUGCUACGGAGUGACGUCAUAUUGUUGUCAUCAUACUAGAUUUGCGGUUUGAUAUUGACACCAUAGGUGUUGGUAAAACUCAUCUUUGAGUCUGGUAAAACACUUGUAUCUUUGAGUCUGGUAAGUAUGAUAAAGCAUUGCCUAGUUGAGGAUUUAAAAUAUGCGACAAAACUUAAUAAAGAAGCGGUCGCGAUUUAUGUUACAUCGCCGGAAGAGCGUGAUAGCGCAGCUGACACAUCACCGAAAAUCUAAGCUCCAAAACAAACAAGAGAUAUAGUUCCAACCAGGAUAGGGUGCACGGGGGUGGCUACGAUUUUGUAGGAUUUAUCUAUAUGGAGGAGUUUCUGUUUUUCAAUGUUUGAUGCAUCUACAGGAAAGCAAAUGUUUGACACGAGGUCCUCAAUUACCAGAGUACACACAUCGCUAAGCACAUGCUUUUGGUUAAACAAAGGAAUCUAUUAGAAAUCUGUACGGUGUUCAAGGGCUUUUGGUCGUCGCUAAAACUUCUAAGUGGUUUCGAAGGCCGGGACGAUCAAGCAGGGACGACUGGAAUCAAAACAAGGAAAUGGGAGCCUAGGUGGCGCAGUUGGCAGAGCGUCGCUCUGUAGUGCCUGUGCCUCUCACCACUGGGUUCUGGGUUCGAUUCCCGGUUCCGACGUGAGUAGAGUUAGUUGGUCUUACCUUUGCUCCGAGGGUUUUUCUCCGGGUUCUCCGGUUUUCAUCCCUCCACAAAACCAACAAUUUCGAUCUUAGCUGUGAUCCGUGGUCAGACAUGAGUUGUAUGUCGGCUGCCUGAGGCGCCUUCAUGUGCCUUCAACUCGACCACGUCUGAAUCUGCGCUCUCGUAAUUCAGCUUCCCAGCUGCAAUGAAAGCGAUUAGCUACCC